CCAGGCACCGAGGGCUCACAGGGCCGUGCCUGCGACCACUAUGGCAUCUACCACACCAGCCCCACGCUGGGCAGCCUGGCCAAGCCAGUGGUGCUCUGGACCCAGCAGGAUGUGUGCAAAUGGCUGAAGAAGCACUGCCCCCAUAACUAUCUCAUCUACGUCGAGGCAUUCUCCCACCAUGCCAUCACAGGUCGGGCGCUGCUGCGGCUGAACGGGGAGAAGCUGCAGCGCAUGGGCAUUGCUCACGAGGCGCAGCGGCAGGAGGUCCUGCAGCAGGUCCUGCAGCUCCAGGUGCGUGAGGAGGUCCGAAACCUGCAGCUGCUCAGCCAAGCUUCUUUUGGAAAUGUCUCCUAG